AUGGAAUAUGAUUUUUCGCGAAUAGACUAUGCAAUAUGUGGUAUUACGUACCCGGAUACUUUAAAGAUAUUACCCGCGCCUGGACCAAAAUUUCAGCAGAAGUUUGUAAUCGGCGACAAAAACGGCGUUCUACAAUGCUUGAGUAUAAAAGAUGAAGAGGCAAUCGUUCAAUUUAAAACUCUACCGGGGAAACCAAUAACGGCUGUUCAGCUAGCUACCAACGAUGGAUCCCAAGCCGACAAAGUGUUUGCUGCAUCAGGCAAUGAAGUCAAAGGUUACACAAGGAAAGGAAAAGUGUUUCUUUCAAUCGAAACUGCUCUAUCGGAAACGAUCACAUCCAUGUCCAUUUUGGCGGGCGAUCUGAUUCUCUGCAGCGGUCGGACCGUGACUCAUUAUAGGGAUUUGAGGGAAUUUCAUUCCUAUAUUUGCGAGGAUAGAGUUCUAGAUAUUGCGUCAUUUGCUACUCCCAAUAACACCAGAGUGCGACUUCUAGUCCUGAUCGCUAACAAAGGAGCAGUAAUGCUAGAGAACGGGCAGGUCGCAGCCAGGGCGGUGGUCACCUCCGGCCCUUCAAGACUGUUGGUCCCGCCGCCCAUGCACGCCGCGGACCUUUACGCGUUCUACGGCGCUGCUGAUGGUUCCGUUGGACUCGUUGCUUUUGAAGACUCAACGCUCACCAGCAAAUGCCUGGUGGAGGGCAAAGGCUUGGGUUCAGUAAUGUGCCUGGGCUGGUACUUCUCCAACGGAAGCUCGCACCUUGCCGUCGGCCGCCAUGAUGGAUCUGUGCAGCUCUACCUCGUGGAUAUGGACAGCCUAGGGGACAAGCCUCGGCUAAAAUAUACAUAUUUUUCCGGAGAACCCGUUACGUCAGUCAGCGGCGGAUGUGUCGGUACGGAAGAGAGCGAACUGUUGGUCACCACCUUUUCGGGCCGAGUAUUCGCUCUGAGAUCUCGUAGGCUGGUUUCCAGCUCUGGAAUGUUUACUAAUGUUCCCCCAGACGUUAUAGCGGCGAGAAGGAGUAAACUAGAGGCUGAAGUAGCUCGAUUGGAAAAACAGGCAGCUAAUGAACGAGAGAAAUAUCACCGAAAUACCCGGUCCUUGGAAGGUGGAGUGACAAUGACAACUCCUCCGCUGUUGGACAUUCAUUAUGAGUUGUUAGGAGCGUCUAAAGACGGUUGGCAAGAAGCAAGAAUUAUGGCCCCCGUGCCUUUAGAUAUGUUAUUUAUAUAUUGCAACCGAAAGUUAGACAUGAAGACUGACAGCGCAGCGGUGCUUAGUGUAUGUCCGUCCCAGGGAUCAUCAUCAGAUUUCCUAGCAACAGUGCGAUGCCAAGCCGGCACCCGGCGACUGUGGGUCCGCAUGCGGCACGCGGGUCCGCCUCGGGCAGAAUGUGCUCGGGUACUGAUAUACGCUUUGCCGGCUGGAGCGCCACGGGUCGCGCGUCUCAUGACACUGAGGUUGCCGGUGCUCCCUUACUAUUCCCAGCACGAAGAUCCCGAUUCGGAUAGUGAGAGCCGAGCAUGGUGUGUACUGAGUGUAUCAGGCAGUUUUUCCGUGGCCGAAAUGACGGCAUGGUUGUCAGAGGCGUUACCAGGGGAGCUUCCCAGGCCUUCUACGUCAGUGGCCGUCGGUCGGUCGCACUCCCUUCUUAAGACAAUCCUCGUGUGUCGCUUGCAGCGUGGCCAAGCCGUUUUCAAAUCGGAUAAUGUUUCCACAAUAGCUACGAUGAGAGACGUAAUUUCUAAUUGCUCCUUACGAAAGAGCAUUCGCCUGGAAACAUCUUGUGAUAUUCCAGAGGCAGCUUGUAUAAAAUCUUUCAAAAGAAUAGAAGAGCAAUUCAAGGUUGAGCAUAAAAAAUAUGAAGAUGUUUCUUUGAAAAAGGCAUUAAAUGCUUUAGAUUUAGACGAAAACGUGUUAGCUGACAGUGAACCUGUACUAUGUGAAGACUAUCUCCGAGUAUGGGAGGCACCAUUAGAUGAUGAGGCAGACGCUUACUUUCAAAUUCUUGUUGAUACUGUUAUGCAAUGGUACACAGACUGGAAAAAGAACACAUUGUACGGCACCAAUCAAGGCAAUGAAAAAUCCGAGCUUCUCUCUGCUCUAAAAGAUUGUAACUUGGACAUCAUCUAUAAAAUACUCAGUAAUCAAUCACAGUCACCAUCAUCACCUGACCUUUCAAUCAAUAAAAUAUAACAGGCAAUAA